AUCUCCCUUUUGUUCUUGUCAAAAUUUCGGUGAAGAAAUACUUUCUGUUGUCAGAUUUCAGAAGUGACGAGUGUAAUUAGCGACCGCAACAAUUUACUUCAAGUCUGGAAUGUCAGAGCUUUCAAAAUGGAUAGCAGUGAAGACCACGACAUGAAGAAUUCCGAGAGAAACGAACAAAAUGAAAUGAAACUCCAGGCACAAUUGGUGGCAAGUGUCCUGCCCGAAUACGAUAUCAUUGAGUUACCAGGACCGUCCACCACGGUUUCGAGUCCAUCCUCCGCUAUGUCUGGUUCCUGUACGUCUGCCACUUCGCUCAAUUCCAGCUCGUCAGCGUCAUCGUUAAUUGCUAAUCUACGAGAGGUGGACACUUCUAUGAAACUGGGAUGUCGACCUACAUCCGUUGCAAACAACUUGAUGUCUACUAACUUCCCGGCUGACCUGCGACGGACACAGUACGACCAGUCGGACUCGGAACAUGUGGCCAUCCCGAAAAUAUGCGUCGGUGUUAACUGUCCCGAGAAACUUGUAUUGUGUUUGGAUCUCAGUUCAGAAAUGGAACGGAUGAAAUUUCUUUCACGAGCUGGAGAUCGCUUUUCUACUCUCCAACUGGUCAAAAGAACAAUUGGUUUAUUUGUCCAAAGUAAACACAGACUGGACAACCAUCAUCGGUUUGCUUUCGUCACACUCCAUGAUACCGCCACCUGGUACCACAGUUUUACUAAUGACCCCAGGGAAAUUUCAAAUUUGUUGGAAAAUUUGGAUGAAACUUACAAGUGUUCCAAUCUUGAUGUUGGGUCUGUGCUGAAGACUAUCCUUCGCAACUGUGAACUUCCCAUCAUGGAAGACCCGACUUUGCCUCCUCCCUAUAUUGUUAGGAUCAUCCUUAUCUUUGGCCGAUCCCAGAGUAAACUGGAUAUCUGUGAAGAGGUCCAGAAAUUACUUCUGCUCUCACCUUACCUGUUUGUUGAUGUCUUCUAUGUACAUGAACCUCCAUCAGAAGACAAUUGCUGUGAGCAAAUCUUUGACCAACUUUGUUCACUUGAUGUCAAAGGCCAGUCCUACAUUUUUGAAGUGUCAAAGAAUUUGACUAAAUUAUACGACAGUAUGGCCCAGCUGUUGGCUCACCCAUUACAGAGACCUUUGCAGAGAGAUUCCUCACAUAGGAUCAGAGCCAACAUGGAGGAAGGGUGAAGAGGUUUUAGCAUAAGGAAAAAAAAAACAAAAAAUCUUCAUUUUUCAUGAAAUAAAAAAAAAAUAUAUGUCUGAUU